UUUGAUGCUCAAUCAGAUCCAUGUUUUCCGUACUCAGUGAGAUUCUCCGGUCGGGUUUUAUGAUCAACUCCUCCCUCCGCCGCCGCACCCAUCUAGUUCAAUCUUUCUCCGUCGUGUUCCUCUACUGGUUCUACGUUUUCUCAUAAAAAAAUAAUUUUCAAUCAUCGAA